AAAAACAACAACAAAAAAACCUGUUAACAUAAAAGUUCACAGUUUCAACUUAUAUUAAAUCACUCGCUAUCUAGCCCAUUUAUGAUUCUCGUCAUUUUAGUAGACCCCACUUUUAUUUUUUGACUUUGAAAAUGCAAAAUUUAAAGGGAAAAUAUCAAAAUAAGCAUGGGCGUACAACUGACUAGUGUUGUAGUAUCUAGGAGAAAUAAAAUAAAUUCAUACGGGAGUUUUUAGAAUUCGUGUAGGAUUUAAUAAGAAAAUUGUUUUGCUAACGAAAUUUUUGUUUCAUGGCCGGAUUUCCCAUAUGUUGUCCGGACAAGAGUUACACCUCACUAAGUAAUGUAGUUUGAUUAACCUAGUUCUGACUUCUGAAGUCUACUUAACAAAAAUGAAAAACAAAACAAAACAAAAACAAAAAUCAAAGGGAAAAAACAAAACAAAAACCCAUUAAACAGUCUAUUUUAUUAUGAUGAAUCAUGAGAGCGUAAAAUGUAUACUCUAUGUGUGUUUUAUCAUUUCAGCAAGGAACUGUCAAAAAAUUCAAAGCAACUCUUGAAGAGGAUUCCUUCAUUCGGAGGUUCACCGUCACAGAUCGUGGAGAAAUCGAUGACAUCGAACAUGAAUUCAAUGAAAUAUUUACCAUAGAGUUUUGGAGGACACUGGUAAUCAACCCCGCCAAUCCCCCUUUCUACUGGUGGUCCUGCGUGGUCACGUGUGCUGUGAUGUACAACCUCGUCUUCGUUAUACUACGGGGCUGUUUCUGGCACAAACUUCAGACGCCAGACGUAGUCGCCUGCUGGUAUUUCCCAGACUACUUCUGUGACGUCAUCUACAUUAUGGACAUGUUCAUGAAAAGUAGAGUAGGCUUCCUAGAGCAGGGUUUAUUAUGCCGUGACAUAAAGAGGCUGGCGAUGGUUUACAUCAAAUCCUGGAUGUUCGUUGUGGAUGUUAUUUGCAUUGCCCCACUAGAUUUCCUUUAUUUGGUUGUAGGUUUUAAUGCCUUUCUUAGAAUCAAUAAGUGUCUGAAAGUAUGGAGAAUGAGAGAGUUUUUCAACCUGGCGGCGACUCAUGCCAACAACCCUAAUCUCUUUCGUGUGGUCAACCUCAUCCUUAUCAUCAUUGUGAUCAUUCACUGGAACGGUUGCCUGUACUUUGCCAUAAGCCGGACUCUGGGCUUCGGCUCUGAUGAGUGGGUGUACCCCGAUAUCUACCGACACGAUUACUCCAGUUUCUGGAAACAGUACGCCUACUGUUUCUAUUGGUCCACGCUAACGUUGACGACCAUUGGGGAUACCGCCUACCCAAUUCAUACUGCGGCCUACAUUUACUGCACGACCUGUAGCUUGGUGGGAGUUUUGAUUUUCGCUACCAUUUUUGGUAAUGUUGGAGCUUUGAUCAACGAGAUGGAUGCCGCUAGGAAUGAUUUUCAGCACAAGGUGGACGCUGUAAAGCGAUACAUGGUGAACCGACAAGUGUAUGGACCAGUACAGGAAAGAGUGAUCAAUUGGUUCGACUAUACAUGGAACAAUAAGGAAUCGGUGGACGACUCCAAACAUUUGGAUUACUUGCCUGAAAAACUACGAGCAGAAAUCUGUAUACAUGUACAUCUGAAAACUCUAAGAAAAGUUGAAAUAUUCAAAGAUUGUGAACCAGGGGUAUUGGUAGAAUUGGUACUGAAACUCAAACUACAAGUGUUUAGUCCCGGCGAUUACAUCUGUAGAAAGGGUGACAUCGGUAGAGAUAUGUAUAUCGUAAAGAGAGGAAAGCUCCAGGUGUGUUCUGAGGACGGUAAGGUCAUCUUUGUAACACUAUCUGACGGAGCGGUGUUUGGAGAGAUCAGCGUCCUCAACAUUCCUGGAAACAAAACGGGAAACAGGCGAACAGCGAGUGUCCGGAGCGUGGGCUACUCCGAUCUCUUCUCUUUGAGCAAGAAUGAUCUAAUGGAAGCUCUUAGGGAGUUUCCCGAGGCCAGAAUGAGUCUGCUUGAGAAGGGGAAGAAAAUGUUGAAAAAAGAUAAACUAUUUGAUGAAGAAUUAGCAAGACGACAGGAAAGGUUGGAGCAAAAAUUGGACAGGAAGAUCGAAAUGAUGUCUGAUGCCGUGGAAGACCUGCAGAAGGUCGUCAAAAUACUGAUAGAAAAAUUAUCAUCGAACGAGGUACCACAAAAACCAAAAUCAUCAUCUAAUGAGGUAGCACACAAACCACAGCCGCCCGAUGAUGAUGAUGAUGAUGAUGAUGAAGAAUCAAUAUGGAAGACACCUUCAAGUUCAAUUUACUCUAUUACAUUGAAAGAGUCCCUCCAUGGAGACAAGGUUCCGGAACAAAGAAAAUCUGUGACGGAGAACGAACUGGAAAGACCGUCCUCUGCUAGAACGGAUAGAAAGUUAUCUAAACAGUAUUCUAGGGAGAGUGAUAUUGAUCAGGUUGAAGAUGAAAAGAGUGACGUCGAUUUGAAGGAGGACGACAGUAAGACUAGUGUGUUGGACAUCUUAGUGAAUAGUGAUGAGUUUUGACUAAUAACACCUCUGUAAGAAAACUUGAUCACGAGAAAGUUUCCACGAGCAGCAUUUAGUUGUAGUUGAUCUGGGGAAAAAAAUCUCUACCGAUAGAAGACGAUUGUUUGCACUUACUGACUAAAAGAUGUGCCUCUUGAAAUUCAACAAAGUUUUAAAAUGUUGUGAUCAUGAUAUGCAAUUAUAUUUACAUUUAGCCAUGUUUUGGCAGUAAUAAACCUGUCAUGUUUCA